AUGGAUGAUCCUCAGCCAAACAAGCUAAUGACCUCCGCUACGGCUGACGGACGUAUACGAAACCUGCAGUUCUACUCUGACUGCCUUAUUAUUCAAGUGGGCGUGCAGCUGUUCAAAGUUCCCCGCCAGAAGUUCGAAGGCGGCUCACGGGUCUUCAGAGACAUGUUUUCUCUCCCUCAACCCUCGCAUCUUGCCGUGGACGGUCCACUUCGAUCCGCCGAAGGAACAUCGGAAGACCAUCCACUCGUGCUGGAGGGCAUUGAUGAGACAGAGUUCUGCGCGUUCCUGCGUGUGCUCCUCGUUCCUCUCUAUGGGCGCACGGCGAAGGAGAAGGAAAAGCUCACCGUCGACGAGUGCAUCGCGGCGCUCAAGCUGUCCACACAGUGGCGAUUCUUUGGCCUACGCGAGGACGUGAUCCACCUGCUCACAGUUCGCGACUUCCCAUCAAGCGAGCCAGUGCGCGCCAUAACCGUAGCGCAGCGCUACGAUAUUCGCGACUUCCUCUUCCCGGCGUUGCUUGCGCUGGCUCGACGGGAGGAGUCGCUGCAGCUCUCCGAAGUGGAGUCGUUGGGCAUGGUGAUCGGGGUCAAGAUGGGGCAAGUACAAGAGACGUUCGUGGGAUGUCGCCAGGAAUGGGACAUCUACAGGGUACACUCCAGUCUCACGGUUGUGAAGCGAGCCGAUUUCGAUUUCGCGAGGAGCAUUAGGGGGUGUUCCGGGCGGAGCUACAUAUUCCCUGCCACCUAG